AUGUCGCCUGCCUUUGCCGCAGGCAGGUUGCUCAGCGUCGAUGCCUUGGAUGACACGGCCGGCUUCUUGGUCUUGAGCAGCGAGUCGCUGCUUGCAGACGAGUCAGACUCGGCGCCGCCGCCCCCUGGGCCUUGGGCCACGGCCCCCUCUCAUCGUGUACGACUCACCUAUCAGCAGGUCGAGCGCUUGGUUUGCGCGAUUGUGGACUUUGGCUUGAUCCCGAGGCCACUUCGCGUCUUGGAGCUCGUUCGCGUAAGCAAUUCGGAGUUCUUGAAGCUUGGUGUCGAGGGCUGUCGCCCACGCUGA